AGAAACUGAAACUGGCUGAUUGCGGAUCGUGUGUUUAUUAAUUUUAAAUCUAAAUUCGCAGUCUAACUUCGCUUUGCCGUAAUUAGUUAGUCAUAAAUUAAAGGCGCGCCGGUCCGAACAGCACUUCUCUAAUAAUUUUUUAUUUUACCAUCCCGAAAACAUAAAAACUAAAUGUUAAACGAAAAGUAAAACGAUAAUUGAAUAUACACAAAUAUGCUAGCGAAUUCAGUGGAAAAGUGCUUAAUUCACAAAUAAAACCGCAAGAUUAAAGUCAAAGUGUCGGAGGAAAAUUCAACUGCAGUCUGUGCGGCGGCGUUUCAGUGAAUUUUCCGUUUUCCGACCCGCGACAAGGGUGGAAAACGCGUGAAAACCCGAAACGAAAAUCCUGCGUGUGUGUGCAAAUGAUGUGAAGUAUAAUCUGACGAAAAAAUAAAAGAGUUUGCCAAAAAAUCAAAAAGGCUGAAACGAGAAAAUGGGCAAAAAGGCGGAAUGUUUAAUGGGCGAUUUUUAGUGCGGGAGCAGCUCAAGAAUCCAGUUUCGGGCUGCAAGGCGUGUCAGGAUUGAAAUCGAACCACCACCACCAUACCCAGCAGCAGCAAUAACAACGAAAACAGCCGCUCUGAGCCAAUUUCGUUGGCCCUUUUCCUGGUUAUUCCUGUUUGACUUCAUUUUUACCCAGCUUUCGCCGCAGAAUUUUGCAUUUCGAAAGACAAAAUGUCGACGCGCUCGCAAUUAACCAAGGACCUCAACGAAAGCGUCAAAUCCAUUCUGGGUCGCCACACAAAGAUACUCGUCAAGUAUAUGGUCAAGUUGGAGACGAAAGGCGAUAAAACGGAGAAUCGUGUUCUGGUUUUUACCCCCGUGAGGGUCUAUUUGCUCAGUGCCAAAGUGCCCACCAAGAUCGAAUGCCAUUUUCACUACCUGGACAUUGUGGGGGUCGAGAGCAAGAAGUCAACCCAUUUCUCCAUUGUCACCAGCGAUCGGCCAUACUCGUUUGUCACUACCGGCGAUGCGGGCAAUUUCAGCUCGAACGCUGAUGUCAUUCUGACUGAUCUGGCCUCAGCCAUCAAGCAGAUAUUCCCAACAGUUCCUCUAAAGUACAUCAUACGAAAGAUCGAUAUUCAGCCGCCGGAGCGGGAGAUAAUAUUCUCUGAGGAAUUUCGACCCUCCGAUCCGCGAAAUGUGGGUCCUUGUGGGGGAUUCAGUGCCCAGUACGCCUGUAUGUGCGAUUUCCAUGGCGUUCCGUAUCGCGAGGAGGUGGCCUGGGAUGUGGACACCAUUUACCUGUCGCACGAUACGCGAGUUCUCAACCUGCGCGACUUUGAUCACCUGGAACCAAAAGACUUGAUGGCCAUCGUUUCGGCGCUAGAGUACAACACGUUUUUUCGUGGCUUAAAGGCGGCUCACAUGCGAUUGUCCCACGAGACCCUGGAACGCAUCCUGCACGUGCUUAAGCGUUCGAUGUGGUUGGAGGAGCUGCAUCUUGAGGCACUGGGCUUAAGAUGGGAUUUCCUAAACAAGUUAUCGAUAUCUGUGAUAACGAAUAGCAAUCCCGCCAUUCGCACCAUCGAUCUGAGCCACAAUAUAAUUGAGGAUAAAGGUGCCAUUCAUCUGGCCGGGCCCAUAGCCAAGGUCUCCAAGGGUCUUUGCAAACUGGCCUUGGCCCAUUGCGGACUAACUUCGAAGGGAGUCAACCAGAUGUCGCACUCCCUGACGCUCAAUCAAAGUAUUGCCAACUCGCUCACGUAUCUAGACUUAAGUGGUAAUAGUCUCAAAGAUGAUAUAACCAAUCUGCACAAUUUCCUGGCUCAACCCAAUGUGCUGGAGCACUUGGAUCUAGCCUCGACUGACAUCACGCUUGAAAAUUUGUUUGGAGCUCUGUUGCGCGGCUGUGCCACGCAUUUGGCCCACCUGAACGUCUCGCACAACUCGUUCAGCACCAAGAAGGGCAAGGAGAUCCCGCCCUCCUUCAAGCAGUUCUUCACCAGCACCUUCAGCCUGAAGCACCUUAAUAUCGCCGGCUGUAAACUACCCAUGGAGGCGCUGAAGAACCUAUUGCUUGGCCUGGCCUGCAACGAGUCCACAGCGGGGCUUUACCUGGAUCUCAGUAGCAACACGCUGGGCGCCCAAGGGGCCCACGUGCUCGAAUCCUGCAUCCACGGAGUGCGUGUGCUGCAGAGCCUGGACAUCAGUGAUAACAAUCUGGAUGCUGAGCUGGCUCCCGUGCUGACAGCCAUUUCGAAGAACCCCUCGAUCCGGACGCUUCACUUGACCCGCAGCCUUACGGGAAUGAAGCCGAAGCACAUUCCACCCGUAAUGGACGCCCUGGUGAACCUCAUCCAGAAGGACGACUUUCCACUGGCAGAGUUGGUGCUGUCGGAGAACAAACUGAAGCACGACCUGCACGACUUCAUCAACGCACUGGGCAGCAACCAGAGCCUUCAGAAGCUGGACAUUAGUGGCAACUUCAUGGGGGAUGUGGGCGCUCGGCUCCUGGCAAAAGCUCUGCAGAUCAACAACCGGCUGCGCACCAUAUACAUGGACAAGAACGGGGUGACGCUACAGGGCUAUGCGGACAUUGUUUACGCUCUGGAGCACAACCACAGCAUGCGCACUAUUCCCUUUCCCGUUUUUGAUAUCGCCCCGCAUCUGAAGAGCCAUCCAGAUAAGACGGAUGCGGUGAUGCGGAAGAUGCAGGAGCUGCUGCAGCGCAACUGCAAUGGCUUGAAACGGGCCACUGGCCAGGGAUUCCGACUGCAGCACGGAUUCUUGCUCUCAUCCACGCAUCAACUCGUGGAUAAAUUGGUGGCCGAGACACAGGACACUAUUUCGCUGGCCAAGGGUGGCAGCGAUUCCGCAUCGGCUGUGCAGCGAUUGAUUACCGAUGCCGAGAACUGCAAGCAGCUGAUGCCAAAGCUGCAGGAGGCCGUUCGCAACGACAGCCAUCCCAUCGAGAUGAAGUUGACCCGAGUGGCAAGCGAACUGGGCUACACAAUCAAGAGCUAUCUGGAGGAGACGUUGGAGACGAUGAUGCGCACUGGGAUCGAGCAGUGUCCCAAGACCCUGGGCAACCAGAUCGUUGUGCAGGAUCUUCGCAAGGGACUUGCGGAGCGUCUGGUGGUGCCCGAGGAGUUUCUGCAGAUCUGCCUACUCAACAACGCCGGCAGCGAGAUUAUGAACAAAGUUGGUGAGAUUGAACAAUCCCUGGCCGCCGCCAUCUCCGAUCGAGCCACAGAUGAGGUGCUUGAGGCCCUGACCCGCUACCGCCGUGGCAUGGGCAUCGCAGAGUCGCCAUCGGUGCUGCUGGACGAACCGCAGACACCGGACAUCGUGCGCAGCCGCUCCAGUCAUGAUGCGGAUGGUUUGAUCAUUCGACCGGGUGGACGAGGCUCGAUAUUGCCCAAACUGGGCUUGGAAUCGCCCACUAAAUUGGAAUAUCUCAACCUUGCAACUCCGCAUCUGGCCACAAAGCGGCGCAACCAAGCCAAGAAGGUGCGUCCUCAGUCCGUGGUGGAGAAUCUCAGCCUUGGCCACUUCCCUGACCUCCUGGAGUCGCCCUCCUCGCACCGCUCCAGCUCUCAGUUGUCCGCUCGAGCAGCUGCAGGAGCCGCCGCCUUGGCGGGAGCCACCAACAUGACCGACAGCAUUGUGGCCAUGGACGACGGAGGAGUGGAUGAGUGCUGCGACUCCAUUACCGAGCUGCCAAGCGCCUCGUUUCAGCUGCAGCACCUGGUCAAAGGUCGGCCGAAGCGGGCCAAGACGCGUGCACCCACCAGGCCGUUGGUCAGUGCCGAGUGUGCCGGGGGUAGCAGGGAGAUCGGCGAGGGUCUGGAGCACUUCUUCCGGCCCGGGUCGGUGACGCCCACUACUCUGACUCCGCUUGUUUCGCCCACGUCGGAGGAGUGCAGCUCGCUUUCGUUUGUGGACAGUCCCACGAUGAGCCGCGACGGCAAUGGGCACAUGACCUCUGAGGAGACCACGCCAAUUCUGGAGGAGCGCCGACCAAUUAAAUUGGAGCGCCAGUCACCAUUGCUUAAGAGUGCCUCAUGGGCAACCCGCUCCCGCUCAACGGAUAAUCUGGAGAAGUAUUCACCGCUGGUGGGACGCAAAUCGCCGCUGGUGAAAAUGCGAACAGAAGGCGGACCUGGUUUGGGAACUGCCGGCGGCACUGAGGAGACAGUCAUGCCCAGCUCCAAUCUUUUGAAGGCCACCACCCGCGAGGAUAAAACGCGGUCGCCCAGCAGCGAUUCGAUCAAAAGCCAUGCCACUGGCGAGGGCAGCGUGAUUGUGAAGACGGGUAAUGGCAUCCUGCGAACGCCCAUUGUCCUCCAAAAACCGCGACCUUGGUCGGUGGUGGGCAGUGAGCCUAAGCCAAGCGGAGAGCUUGUCACUGGCAAUGGAAAUGCCGAUUCCAGCAAGACCACUCCGGAAAAACAAGAAGAAGAUGAUGUCGAGGUGGUGACCUUUGGAGCGAGCUGCGGUGGCUCCAUUGUGGGCAUCACGCCUGGAAUAGCCUUAUCAGCGGUUGGCGGGGGUAGCAUUGUAGGCAUUUCGCCUGGAGCUGCUCUUGAGAAAAAGUCUGUGCGAGAACUAGCAGCGGGUCUCAAUAGAUUGGAAAUCCCCAUCAAGCCGCCCGUUAUGCCCAGAACCCUGUUGAACGCAGCAAAUACCCGCACGAGCACCUCCUCUACGGGCUCCACCUCCAAUGGUGGGUCAGUCACCUCAUCUACGACCUCCAUCACGACCUCGACGACAGUAUUAAACCAGAGCCAUACGCGAUCGAGGAUUUUGAGCACGACGAGCAACACUGGCAGUACCGAGACCAUCACAGAGCGCAGCAAUAUUAGCACCUCCUCAACCAGCCACGAAAAGCAGAAUGCUAAGGCCUGCGCCAGUCUGAUUAGCAACGAGAUCCUGAGCAUGCGCAACGCGCAAUUGGGUGCCAAGAGUGGGAGCUGCGCGGAAAGCGGUGGCGUGAAGCGGAUCGCCGGCAAGGAGAUAUCCACGCUUUUUGAGGAGACAUUAGUUGAAGAACUGCAGCAGAGCAUGGCGAGCAGACGCGUGUUUAGAGACUCGCCCUACACAAAGGAGGAUGUCGUUGAUUUAUAAGUGUUUAGUUUUAUGCUCAACAUUCCCUCACAUCGACUCCUAGUCCUCCACCCAACCUGCCACAGUUUUGCGUGAUCGAUUCUAGGGGUGAUGAUAAGAAAAAGUGAUGAUGAUGAUGGACAGAUGGAUAGAUGGAUACGAGGUUGCAACUUAUUCGUACUGAACCAUUAAUUAAUGUGCAAUGGCCCGUGUGUGUUGUUUUCAUUUGGAAAUUUAGAAUGAACGUGAUUUAUUUAUUGAUAUAUACCCUGAUACUUUUAUCCAAAUUAACCUUUGCAUAUUUUUAAAGAUGUUUUGUGUACAAUAUUUUAUAUUUUUAUGUAUUUAAAAUGAGUUAAGUGCCAAUUAUAUAAAGAAUUAACAUAAAUCUAUUUUUAGCGCGUGCUAUACAAAAAAUUUCAAUGAAACUAACGAAGAUAACGCAAUGAAUAUGAUAUAUAUAUAUAUGAUACUAUACAUAUUAUGUAAAUUGAUUGCGUGCAUAAGAGCUAUUUUAAUGGUCUAAACCUACAAAAUCUAAAUGAAAUAUAAUAUUUUUUAUAACUGCUUCCAAAUACAAAUUUUAUCCUAUAUUA